AUGUCCUCUGUCAUACUAGACAGUGAAGCAUCAUUCCGUGAAAGAUGCAGCAAGAUAGGCCUCAGCAACGAUCUUCUGAGUCGUUUGAUUGAUGCUGGAUACAACACAUUUGGAAAACUGGCUUUCGCCGCAUCGGCGACGCCGCAGGGCCUGACAGACGAAGCUGUCGAUGCGUGGCUAUCCACAGUAGUCACCCCGGCACCCAGCUCCUUUCAGGUCUCGGUGAUUCGUAGGCUGCUUUUCGAGUCGCAAUCACUCAAUGUGGCGGACCUCAAAUCUAGGGUCGAAGGCACGCCGGAAGGCUCAGUGCGACGUCUGCCCCAAGCCGAGAGAAAGGAGCGCGUUGAGGCGCAGCAUCGUAGGCUGUCGGGUCUCAUUCUAACUUCUCAUACCACACCGGCCCAUAGCUGUAUCGACCUUGUGACUGACAUGUACGAGAAUAAUACACUCAAGUACAUUCCGAUCAACCGUUGGAUAUCCCGCUUCCAAGAGAUGUCUCUCCAGAAAAAGGAUUCUGCCGUUCAGAUGGACAACGAGGGCAACCUAAAGGUGAUUCAGAAGAAGCCGGAGCCGACGUGCGACACCACAGGCAUGUACCCUCUCCGGCAGGCUUUUCAGAGACGGUCACUAGCAUUUGAUCUGGGUCACUUGUGCAGCUUUGAAGCUAUGGAAACAUGGAUCAACAAGCUCUUCGAAGCAGUUCAGCGUACUGUGCCGAAGGGAUAUGUGGCAGUUAGCUUGGGGCAAGUUGUUACGGCCGAUCGUGAGCUUUUUGUUCGGUUGGCCGACAUGCUUGAAGGACAGUUGCAGAAACCCAUAGGCGUUGAGAAACCCAUGGAUGCAGCUUUGCGCGAUCUAUCGGGUAGCCAGGAGAUAACUCAGUUUCUUCAGCCGCUUGUAGCUCCUCCUGCACCUCACCCCACGAAGCGCCCUUUCAAAGAGCUUGCCACGCCUAACAAAGGUGACGGAAAGGGCAAGACAUCCACCAAGGGCGGUGAAAAGGGCGGUGGCAAGGCACCCCGUGUAACCAUUCCGGAUGGCUGCUCGGCCAAAGAUCCUCAGGGCAGGCCGAAUUGUUUUGGGUUUAACUUGGGCACAUGCAAGCUCAAGGCUUUCAUCAGUGUUGGCGAUGUUUUGGGGAUCACCCCUUUUCCGAAUGCACCAUUCUGCAUCAAGCUCUUCACCACUUUUGUUCGCACUUUCUUGCCAGAUCAUUUCUUCACGACUAUCAGUCUGUUUCACAACACUAAAGCCGAUUUGCAUGUUGAUUCCAGGAACCAUCAUACUCCUAACGGGGUCAUAGCCGUGACAUCUUUUCAGGGAGGCGGCAUCUGGAUUGCAGAUGGAUGCGGACCUCACACACGGUCAAUCAAAGGUGACAUCGUAAAGGGCUCAGUGCUUAGCCUCGAGUCCCCUGUCACUUUCGAUGCCUUCAAAUACCCUCACGAGACUGAAAGCUGGGUUGGCGAUCGAUUGGUUUGCGUGGCCUUCACUGAACAGCCGCCUGUGAAAUCAGACUCCUGGGUUUACGAGCUUUUCGCAGGCAGUGCCCGUUUCAGCAAGGGAAUCUUUUGGGAUCUCAUCAAGGAGUGCCCUCCUUUUCACGUGCAUGCAUCGCCCCCUGCGGGUCUGCCGUCAUUGAGUGCCGCGUCUCAGCAGAGCCUCGCGGUGCGUAAAGACAACGUCCUGUACCGUUUCGUCUACAAGCUUCUCCUUCAUUGUUCUGCUUCGGGCAUCAAUGUCAGCGUUGAGAAUCCUCGGACAUCGUUGUUCCGGAAGGUUCUUCAAUGCUUUGCUGAGGCCGACGGCUUGCCUUGGCCUCCCGCUGCCAUGGAAUAUGUUGAUUUCGACCAGUGUUGUCAUGGUUCCGAUCGACCGAAGUCAACUCGUUUCUUGUGCACUCGAGGCUUGUUCACCUCGCUUCGAGCUACUUGCCCAGGCAAUCACGAACACCGCCCGUGGGGCCUGGUGUUCCAUGAGCGCUCUAUGCAGCUGUCAUCUUCUCUUGUGUCGGCUUACCCAGUUCUGCUUUGCAAGCGCAUGGCCUCCUGUCUGGAGAGCGCGGCUUCUUUCAGGGGUUUGUCUUUGCACGCAUCUCCUGACUUGGCAGCCAGCUCCGUUGCUGUUCUCGGUCGGCAGCAUCGCCGCUUCCCUCCUUUGAUUCCUGAGUUCCGCAAUGUCACGUGGGAGCCGCCCUCUUUCCAGCCUGACGAUUCUUGUCGCAUCCUUCUCUCUCAGGUUGCUGGGGAGGAUAGCGGGAGAGAGAAGGCAGCCAUGCAGUUGACAAUUGAUAAAGCGGUUUUCCCUCCUGCUAAGCUCCCUAGGGUUUCCGAUGAGGCUUCCAACAAAGUUCCCUCUGGUUUCCUUAAGAGUUCCGAUCCGCCCAAAGGCUCGGUCAAGGUGGGAUGGUACUUGUCAAUGCAGGAUCAUGUUGCAAAGGCCUUGACGCUAAAGCAUCCCAUCGACACUGCCGUAGCCCUUGACCAGGAUCAGCUCGAUGCAAUCUGCUUCUGCAUGAAAAACACUGAGAAAGAGGUGGUCGAUCAUCGAAAGCUUCAGCUUCUGAAAAUAAAGAUCCUUGCCAAAAAGUUCGAGGCCGACGAAGCUCGAUUACAUUCUUCGUUCGACCCCUGGUUCGAAAAGGUUGUGGCGGGAAAGCGUCUUCUUCUGUGGAAGCAUCUUCUUGAGCAGAACGGUUUCGACGACAUGCAAGUUUGCGACUUCAUGAUGUCAGGCGUCCCGAUUGUAGGGCAAUCAGCCUGCCCUCAGCCGUUCAACCGAAAGAUUGUGCCGGCUACCAUGUCGGAACAGGAUCUCAAGGGCACUGCUUCGUUCCGCCGAAAGGUGAUGCUUGGGUCCAGUGGCACGCAGGCAGCCGACCUUCAAGAGUUGCUGUCGAAGGCUACCAUGGACGAAGUCGAUCUGGGUUUCCUGGAAGGCCCUUACACCGAAAGCCAAGUGUCUUCUUUCUUUCACUCAGACGAUUGGAACUGCAUACGAAGGUUCCUAAUCCUUCAAGGAGCCGAGAACAAACCUAGACCCAUUGAUGACGGGCACGAGGCUUUGAUCAACAACUGCUUUACGGCCACCAUCAAGUUGGAGCUCCAGAGUUCCGACUUCGUUGCAGCUCUAGCGGCAAGAAUUGCCAUCGAGGAGGCCGAGAGAUCACGCGCCACGGGCGAGCCACCUCGGUCGUGGUUGGGCAAGUGCCUUGACUUGUCGAAGGCGUACAAGCAGAUGCCAAUGAAGAAGGAGCACCGCUCUCUUGCUGUGAUCUACCACAAAGGCCCUUCUGGCGAGGAUCAAUUUUUCAUUGCAAAUUCGCUGCUCUUCGGUCUUACUGCUUCGGUUUAUGGGUUCGUGAGAACGAGCAGAAGCCUUCACAAACUGCUGCUGAAGAUAUUCAAGUUGCCCAGCUCAGUGUACUUUGAUGACUACCCGAUGUUUUCGACAUCGCUUGCUUCCAGUGACACUGAUGGCAUCAUCAGCGAAUUCUUAGACAUUCUGGGCUGGGGCCACGCCAAGACAGGCAGCAAAUCACAUCCCUUUGCGGAGGUUUUCUCCGUCUUGGGAAUGCAGAUUGACUUGAGCAACUUGUCGAAGAGAAGCAUCGUCCUCUCGAACAAACCUGGCAGGAUCGAUCGGAUCGUGGAGAAGCUUGAAUCUGUGGCUGCUUCUGGUUUCCUUACGGUUCAUCAGGCUCAGAUUUUGCUGGGCUUGCUCAACUUUUCAUCUGGUUUCUUUGCCGGUCGUGCCCUCAAGCAUUCGUGCAAAUGGCUAUCUGGCUUUCUAGCUGGAGACAGGCCUUCGCCAAAGACAGUCAGCGAGAUGUGCAAGCACACGAUCAAACUUCUUGUGAGCACGCCGCCCCGCUUCAUAAGCUGCGAUUCGACCGGAGAGCCUCCUAUCCUGGUGUGGACUGAUGGAGCUUGGGAGCCUGCCAAAGCUUUUGCCGGGAUCGGUGCAGUGAUUCUUGAUGCGAGCAGCGGAGUUUCCAGAGUUUUCCAAGGACAGGUCCCUGAGAGCCUAGUGGUUCGCUGGCGAGAGGAGGUCGGGGAACAAAUCAUCUGUGAAGUAGAGCUGUAUGCACUCUUGAUGAUCAGGGCCUGCCUUCAGAAUUUUCUUUCAGGAAAGAGAAUCAUUUUCUUCAUUGACAACGAUGCCGCUAGAUCUGUGGUAUUACGUGGCCAAAGCAGAAGUGACGCGAUGCAUCGCUUGGCCAUGGCCUUGUCUAUGGUCGAGGCCGUCGCCCCUUGCAUCUCGUGGAUAGAGAGGGUGCCAUCCUCUUCGAACAUCGCCGACUGGCCCUCUAGGGGCGAAGGUUGGAAAGCACAGAAGGUCGUUCGCGCGGCAGAGGUGGAGCCUUACUUUGUUGACCAAUCUUUGAUUGACGCCUAUCUGCUCUGA